UCACUUGGCUUCCAGCCUACUCAAAAGGCUUCGCUAUCUCUCAAGUUUGCAUCUUCGUCGCGGACCUCGCCCUCCCUGUCAUGGCUUCGGCUUCGGUUCCUACGGUGAUGGUGGAGGACAACAACUUCGAGGACGACCAGCUUGCUGCGAUGACAACCGAUGACAUAACUAGGGCCUCUCGGCUUCUCGACAACGAGAUCCGAGUUCUCAAGGACGAGCUGCAGAGGACGAACCUAGAACUGGAAUCGUUCAAGGAGAAGAUAAAGGAGAAUCAGGAGAAGAUCAAGCUCAAUAAACAGUUGCCUUACCUCGUCGGAAACAUCGUAGAGAUUUUGGAGAUGAAUCCAGAAGAGGCUGAGGAAGAUGGAGCUAAUGUUGAUUUAGACUCUCAAAGAAAGGGAAAGUGUGUUGUGUUGAAGACAUCAACUCGUCAAACAAUCUUUCUUCCAGUUGUUGGGCUCGUUGAUCCUGAUAAGCUGAAGCCAGGUGAUCUGGUUGGUGUUAACAAGGAUAGCUAUCUGAUAUUGGAUACUCUUCCAUCUGAAUAUGACUCACGUGUAAAAGCAAUGGAGGUUGAUGAAAAGCCAACGGAAGAUUAUAGUGACAUUGGUGGCCUUGAAAAACAGAUUCAAGAACUUGUUGAAGCCAUAGUCUUGCCGAUGACACACAAGGAUAGGUUUCAGAAGUUAGGCAUUCGACCGCCUAAAGGAGUACUACUAUAUGGACCACCUGGCACUGGAAAAACAUUGAUGGCUCGUGCUUGUGCUGCACAAACAAAUGCAACAUUUCUGAAGCUAGCGGGCCCACAACUUGUUCAGAUGUUCAUUGGUGAUGGUGCAAAACUUGUACGUGAUGCUUUUCAGCUUGCCAAAGAAAAGUCUCCUUGUAUCAUUUUCAUAGAUGAAAUUGAUGCAAUAGGGACCAAACGUUUUGAUAGUGAAGUAAGUGGUGAUAGAGAAGUUCAACGAACAAUGUUGGAACUGCUUAAUCAGCUUGAUGGAUUUAGUAACGAUGAUCGAAUAAAG